CAUAGCUACGCUGUUGGCAUCACCUUUUACAGUGGACUUCUGCUGUUGUGGGCCUUUAAUCAUCGGUCUGACUUUGUUGUUCACACAGGAGAGAUACGGAACAAUCGUGGAUCCUCUGGGGAGCCUCAACAACCUCAUGACGCUGAAGAGGGAGAGAAGAGUCUCUCCAGAUCAGAACACCUCAAUAAACACCUGCAGAGACCCACAGAGAAGAGAACUCACUGCUGCUCUGACUGUGGGAAGAGUUUCACCUCCUCAGCAGGCAUUAAAAUUCAUCAGAGAACACACACAGGAGAGAAAUCUUAUAGCUGUGAUCAAUGUGGGAAGAGAUUUACUAGAUCUGACCAUCUGACUCUACACCAGAGAACACACACAGGAGAGAAACUUUAUAGCUGUGGUCAAUGUGGGAAGAGUUUUACAAGAUCUGACCAUCUGACUCUACACCAGAGAAUACACACAGGAGAGAAACCCUAUAGCUGUGAUCAAUGUGGGAAGAGAUUUCGUCGAUCUGGAGAACAGACCGUGCACCAGAGAAUACACACAGGAGAGAAAUCUUAUAGCUGUGGUCAAUGUGGGAAGAGUUAUACUCGAUCUGACCAUCUGACUCUACACCAGAGAACACACACAGGAGAGAAAUUUUAUAGCUGUGGUCAAUGCGGGAAGAGUUUUUCAAGAUCUGAUCAUCUGACUCUACACCAGAGAAUACACACAGGAGAGAAACCCUAUAGCUGUGAUCAAUGUGGGAAGAGAUUUGCUACAUCUGGCCAUCUGGUAUCACACCAGAGAAUACACACAGGAGAGAAAUCUUACAGCUGUGAUCAAUGUGGGAAGAGUUUUUGUCGAUCUGGAGAGCUGACAGUGCAUCAGAGAACACACACAGGAGAGAAACCUUACAGCUGUGGUCAAUGUGGUAGUGGUUUUACAACAUCUAGCUCUCUGACUCUACACCUGAGAACACACACAGGAGAGAAACCUUAUAGCUGUGAUCAAUGUGGGAAGAGUUUUGGUCGAUCUGGACAGCUGACAGUUCAUCAGAGAACACACAGGAGAGAAACCCUAUAGCUGAGAUCAAUGUGGGAAGAGUUUUUGUCAAUCUGGCCAUCUGGUAUCACACCAGAGAACACACAUAGGAGAGAAAUCUUAUAGUUGUGAUCAGCGUGUCAAUAUAUACUCUGAUAAAAGAUAUCUGAUCAAACAUCAGACAAUACAUACAUGAAGGAGUUUUUUUUCGUGAUAUCAAUGAAUUAAUGUCACAAUGUAGAAUGUUUUAACAUUGUAGUCGGAAUAUUUGAAUAAAUUUCACAAUGUAGAA